GGCUCGAGCUGCACCAGGGCCCCACCCGAGCAGCGAGAGGGCCCGCGGCCCUGCCUGCCCCAGGGUCGGACAAGUCGGCUCCGCCCCCCAUGGCUGCCGCAUGGUCGGGCGGCAUCGUGGGCGUCCUGCGCACCCCGACGUUCUACGUGGAGACGGAGCAGCAGCGCAGGAUCCUCAGUACGUUUCACAAGAAUACGGAGGACAUCAAGGAGGAGGUCCACAAGACCAAGACUCUGUGCUUCAGCGCCCAGGCUUUCCAGAAACAGCACCCGGACAAGACCCGGAAGGGCAUCAGGGACGCUGACGUGACCUUGGGAUCUCCCAUGAUCCUGGGCAUUGCCGACGGAGUGUCGCAGGUGGAGGAGUUCGGGAUCGACGCGUCGCUGCUGCCGAGGGAGCUUCUGAUGCACUGCCAGGACCUCGGCGACGCCCAGCUCACUCCCGGCUACAGGUCGCGGCCGCAGGACAAAUACCGAGGUCCUAUCCCGCUGCUGACGGAGGCUUUCCAAGCCACGGACAACACUCUGGGCUCCACCACGGCGACGUUGGCCCUGCUGGACAACAGCACCAAGAUGCGAAGGGCUGCCGCACCCGAUGAUCGCGGUGAUCACCGUGGGAGACUGCCAGCUGCUGGUGCUGCGGCGCACGCAGGGACGCGGAAGCCGCUUAGAGAGCGUAUUCCAGACCGAGAUGCAACGCAUCGAUGGUCAUGUGCAGACGCCGUUGCAGAUCGCUCGCAUCGGCGCGGAUAUCGACCCCGCCUUCCAUGAUGACAUCACCCUGGAGGUGAUCGAAAAGGGUUCGGCGGUGCAUUGCGUGUCGGCUUACGAGGGCGACGUCAUUGUGAUGGGUACCGACGGGGUGUUCGACAACUUGUUCUGCCACGAGGCGUUCAUCCCCCCACGUCCUCCAGCCCAGCCGAAAAGGCAGCGUGCCCGCCUCGCUGCUGAGGAGCCUUGGCCAGCAGAUAGUCGCGGCCUCGCACGCGAAGACCGCGCGCGGGCCACGCAACUCGCUCCCGGAGACGCCCAUCGGUCGCGGCGGGAAGGUAGACGACACCGCCGUGGUCGUGGCGGAAGUUGUGGAGUGGACGCAGGAUCGCGCCAACGAGCACGCGAAUCGCCGGCCUCAGUCCGACGCUUGCCUGUUCCAGCGGAUGCUCUCCAUGCUCGGCUUGGAGUGCGGGUGCCGCGACGGCAACGCCAACGACGUCGAGGAGAAUUGUGAGCGCCGCCCCAGGACUCAGACGAUGCUUGAGCCGGGCCUGCAGUGCACGAGCAUGGAAUGCGAAUAGCUAUUAGGCGAUGCGCAGCAGCAUCAAUGAAUGCCACUAGCGCUGGGCGAGCACUGGGCAGGGACGGUACGUGCUUGGUUGCUCCUGGCACUGGGGGGGACGACGGCGCUAAUAAUGACAAGGUCUAGGCAGAGUAAUUGGCAGAGGGACUGCCCGGCCGCACUAACGCGGUGCAUGCGCGGCAGCCGAGUUUGCGUUGCCCUAGCUUUCCAGGAAGUUCACGUGGCGGACGGAGGGACGCGGGAUGAGAUCUUCUCCUCCACGCUUGCCGCGGGCCCUACGAGAUGUACAGCUGGCAGGCAAUGUCCUGGGCCGCGACGCACCAAAGUCUGGGAGGCCAGCGGGGGCACUGCGGCGGCGCCGUGGAAUCAACAGCUGACAGAUCCAGAGGACUUGUCGAGUCGAGCAGGCCAGCUCGCACAGCCCGCUGCCGCCUUGCCAGCCCGUGUUGCUUUCGGUGGCGGACGCCAGCUGUGUGUCGGACGAGGCCUCCGAGACGGGGCCUCGUACAGCCGGUGCCGCCGCCAGGUCUUCCUCCUCCUCCUCCUCCUCCUCCUCCUCGUCUUCCUGCACCUCCCCGAGCUCUUCCUCUCCUGCCCCUUCUUCCGAUGGCCGCGUGCACAGCUCCGGCCUUCGAAUCCGGCGAACCUUGGCCAAGAUGAGAUCCAGCCCGAGGCCAGUUCGCAGACAUGCCGACUCGUGGCGUUCGGUGACGGAAGCCAGCGGUGUGUCGGACGAGGCCUCCGGUCUUCAGAUGGCCGCGUGCACAG